CCCGCGCGCGCGCACAGGCUGAGUGCGGAAGUGGAAACGCUUCUGUGCGGCUGAGGUUCCGCCCGACUGAGACGGCUUGCUGAGUCUUCAGGCGGGUAACCCUCCAGUAUUUGCCGGUUCUGCUCGAACAGCGGCCCGGGACGGACAUGGCUGGACGGCUGCCGGCGUGUGUGGUCGACUGCGGCACAGGGUACACCAAACUGGGCUAUGCAGGAAACACAGAGCCACAGUUCAUCGUUCCAUCAUGUAUUGCCAUCAAGGAGUCGGCUAAGGUGGGGGACCAGGCCCAGCGGAGGAUGAUGAAGGGGGUGGAUGACUUGGAUUUCUACAUCGGGGAUGAAGCUGUAGAUAAACCCACAUAUUCCACUAAGUGGCCAAUCCGCCAUGGAAUUGUGGAGGACUGGGACUUGAUGGAGCGCUUUAUGGAACAGAUCAUCUUCAAGUACUUGAGGGCGGAGCCUGAGGACCAUUACUUUCUCCUGACUGAGCCGCCUCUCAACACACCAGAGAACCGGGAGUACACGGCAGAGAUCAUGUUCGAGUCCUUCAACGUCCCGGGACUCUACAUCGCUGUGCAGGCCGUGCUUGCUCUUGCAGCCUCCUGGACGUCCAGACAGGUGGGGGAGAGGACGCUCACAGGCACGGUGAUUGACAGUGGGGACGGCGUCACACACGUCAUCCCUGUGGCUGAGGGCUACGUCAUCGGCAGCUGUAUAAAGCACAUUCCCAUCGCCGGGCGGGACAUCACUUACUUUACCCAGCAGCUCUUGAGAGAGAGGGAGGUGGGCAUCCCACCAGAGCAGUCCCUGGAGACGGCCAAGGCGGUGAAGGAGCGCUUCAGCUACGUGUGCCCGGACCUGGUGAAAGAGUUCAACAAGUACGACACAGACGGCUCCAAGUGGAUCAAGCAGUACACCGGCAUCAACGCCAUCAGCAAGAAGGAGUUCACCAUCGAUGUGGGCUACGAGCGCUUCCUGGGCCCGGAGAUUUUCUUCCACCCGGAGUUUGCCAACCCGGACUUCACCCAGCCCAUCUCAGAGGUGGUGGACGAGGUCAUCCAGAACUGCCCCAUCGACGUCCGGCGUCCUCUGUAUAAGAACGUGGUUCUGUCCGGAGGCUCCACCAUGUUCAGGGACUUUGGCCGCCGUCUGCAAAGGGACCUGAAGAGGACCGUGGAUGCUCGUCUGAAGAUGAGUGAGGAGCUGAGUGGAGGCAAGCUGAAGCCCAAACCAAUCGAUGUGCAGGUCAUCACUCAUCAUAUGCAGAGAUAUGCCGUGUGGUUUGGGGGAUCAAUGCUGGCAUCGACUCCCGAGUUUUAUCAGGUCUGCCACACCAAAAAGGAUUACGAAGAGGUGGGACCGAGCAUCUGCCGCCACAAUCCUGUGUUCGGGGUCAUGUCUUAACUCCAGCCCUGGAAGUCCAGCAGCCGUCAUAAUGGCAGUAACGAAAGGUUUAUAAAUGAUGACCUUUUGCUUUUUGAUAAAGAUGGAACAUAUUAAACUGUCUGCUUUUGUUUGAGGGGUUCUUUAAACAUGUCUGUAUCACAAUAAGAGCUGCUUCAUAUUUAAAGCAAAGGUAGAUUUUUAUGUAAAAUUCUGCAAUUCAGGCAUUAAAAUAAUGAAAGCCAGUAUCAGUAGUGGACCGUUUUAAUCUGCUGUGCAGCUUUGAUGGUGUUUUCUCUGAGGAUGACGCUCUUUUCACAUGCUAUCAUCGGACACAUCAGAGCGUGCUUCAAAUGCAGCAAAGCAGAAGAAAGGCCGUGCUGACACCAAGAAAGAUCCGAUUCAGACGUCGACCUUUUAUAAAUGCAGAAUUCUAGCUGAGAGAAUUUGUGUAUUAAAACUUCUCAGCCCUCCAUUAAAGGAUCUGACUGGUUUC